AUGGAGAUAAUCACUUCCAUUAUUAUCCAGGGUAUUCUGCUCGGUCUAGCACUGGCUGUCACGAUCCUACGAUGCUGGAUUCGUCUCAUUGUAGAGCGGCGCUCGUUGACACUACCCGACUAUCUCGUAUGGGGAGGAAUGAUUUGUGCAUUUGGAUGGUUUUCCUGCUCUACGAAAGCGCUCUACAUUCUGAUUGACCAUCCUCUGGAUGAGGAGACGAGAAGUGAUUCCGUUGCAUACCUAAAGGUUGUCUUCGUAUCCGUCUACUUCUUCGAUACGGGAUUGUAUUUUCCCAAAGCUUCACUUGUGGCUUUCUACUGGUGGUUGAUUCCACAAGGCUUCAGACGUCUCCGAAUCGCAGUUUAUGUUACCACUGUAAUCGUGAUCCUCACUUGGAUCGCCAGUAUAUUGAUGGAUACUCUUAUCGCACCCAACAUUUCGGAUAAUUGGUCUAUCGAGAAUCAACUCAACUCAACAUGGAACACUUACUCCAACUUGUUAGUCAACUGGGUACUCAAUUUUGGCACUGAUCUCUUGCUAUUCGGGCUACCAUUCUUUAUCUUCAACUGCUUGAAGCUCCGUAGACGACAAAAGAUUGGUUUGGUCGGUAUCUUCUCUCUCGGCGCAAUCACGAUGGCGAUCAGUCUCGCCCGAUUCAUCGUAUACAACAUGGACUACGACGUUUCCGAUGCCGAUGGAAAUCUGUGGUGCACCGCCGAAAUGUGCACAGCCGUUAUUGUCGUCUCACUUCCAUCCCUGAAAGCGCUCAUUGUCAAAACAACGCCCAACAACACGUACGACCGCAGUAAUUCUGGAUACCUGCAGGCUGGAUCUGGCAAGGCUACUGGUGGCAAAGGCAAGGGGCACGGGCAUAGCUCCCAUGUUCAGGGCGGUACAUUGGACGAUGAUGAGAUGGAACUUACUUUUCUCGUAAGAAAUGUCCCUGACCGAAAGGCUAGCCCUGCACCAACUGGAGCGACUGAUGAGACAAGAGUGCAAGAUGGGAAAGAUGCUGUGAUUGUGACGACGAAUUUCACUGUUACUAGGGAUGUGUUGUAG